AAUGUAAUUCCAUUUACUUUUAGCACAAAUUAGUUCAUGUUUGUAUUGCUCGUUGCUUUAGCCACAAUGUCACUCCUGUUCCUGUCACGAUACUAACCUCACUUUAUUCAAUUAUUUAGUGGGCCGGUAAUCGCCAAUAUUUCCGAAAACUGCCCCUGAAAAGUGUAAAAUAAUGGCACAUGGGAAAACCGAAAAAUGUGAGCAAGACUGCUACAAAGGCGGAACCGUUUUAUUCAUGUACUUGACGGGGCUUGGUAUCCGGUAUUGGCUCAUGUUUUCGAGAUAUCAGUCCAUAAUUGCGAACCACAUCGAAAUAUCUACACCUCUGAACUCCUGGAAGCGAGUGUCCGAAGGGCUUUGUCUCCAGUCCAAAGGUAUCAAUCCAUACGAAGGGGACUUACUUCAUGAAGCUCCGAUAACAAUAUUAUUUUAUAAAGUGUUGACACAGUGGUGGAAGUUGGACAUUAAGACUAUUUUUCUCGCCUUUGAUGCGGGAACGGCCGUGGUAUUGUAUUUCGUCGCGAAGAAAUACAUGUUUCACUUAUUUAUUGAACAAGAAGAGAAUAAAAAACAAUAUGCUCUGAACAGUAAGGAGUUCCUGUUAUCGGGCUCUGAUUUCGUCAAUUCGCCCGUUUUUGUCGCAUCGGCGUUUCUGUUUAAUCCAUACACGAUUUUUAACUGCGUUGGACAGUCAACUGUCGUGUUCCAUAAUUUUUUCAUCGCUUUGUUUUUGUUCUGUAUGUUAAGCGGUAGCGUUAUUUUGAGUGUACUGUCUCUGGCAAUAUGCACAAUGAUGUCUUUCUACCCCAUUGUGUUAAUUAUCCCACUGUUUUUGUACUCUAACGGAAUUUACAAAAGCAAAUUUCGGGCGAUUCUCACCCCGAUUUUGUUUAUCGCCACACUUGCGGCUUUUAUAACCAUUUCGAUUGGUUUAAGCAACGGAACCGCAUUUAUGAAAAACGUGUACGGUUUCAUUCUAACAGUUCCAGACUUGCAGCCAAAUAUUGGCUUGUUUUGGUAUUUUUUCACCGAAAUGUUCGACCACUUUCGCGACUUGUUCAUCAGCUCGUUUCAAAUAAACGCAACCGUUUUGUAUUUAAUUCCACUGUCGGUCAAAUUUCGCAAAGACCCGUUUUUGCUAACGUUCGCGAUUUUGUGUCUGAUUUCUGUUUUUAAGUCGUAUCCGUGUCUGGGCGAUGUUGGGUUCGUGUUGAGUCUUUUGCCCUGUUUCAUACACUUGUUCAAUUACUCCCAGCAGGGAUUUUUAGUUGGGGUGAUUUUUCUUAUUACGACAGCUUUGGGUCCGAUUUUGUGGCAUUUGUGGAUUUAUUCAAACUCCGCAAAUGCGAACUUUUAUUUCGGAGUCACUUUGGCCUUUGCCAUUGCACAGAUUUUUCUUGUGACUGAUAUUUUGUUCGCGUAUUUGAAGCGCGAGUUUUGUUUGAAUCAUGGCAAGGAGAGGAAGAUUGAUGGAAAGGACGCCUUGCUGAUUUUAGAGUGAUUUGUGAUCUAGAUGUUAACCACAAUAAAUAAGACUUUUGUACAAA